UUGAUUGAUAUCGUGUUUGACACCAUUUGAUACAUCUCAUUUAUAGUGACCCAACUAAAAAACAACAACCUCGAUUCGUUUUAUCUAAUCAAAAAUCGAUCCUCAAGAAAUUAAUUUUAAAUAAAAAUCUCAAUGAAUAGCAAUAAAAGUGGACGUUUAUUGCAAAGUCAUCACUUUUCGUUGUUGGGGUCCUAAAUUAGAACAUUUUGAAUUUAUUAUCAAAAUGCCUGCAAAUUUACCCGAUGUUGAGGAACAAUUUAAAAGGGAUCCUGAAUUAAAAAAGGACGAUUUAAGGAUUUUGAAGGAAUGGCUUCAAAAACAAGCGCAUUUACCCAAAAUUCACGAUUUAAAACUCAUCAUUUUUUUGCACUGCGCUUACAACAACAUCGAAAAGGCGAAGGUAUUGAUCGAAAACUUUUACACUGCAAGAACUCACGCCCCAGAAUUAUUCCUUAACAGGAAUUUAAAUGAUAAAGCGCUUGAUAAACAAGCAGAUUCAUUAUGCAUGGCGAUUCUCCCAACAAAAACUUACGGGGACACUCAUCUUUUCUUCAGAUUUGCAGACCCAAACGCGGAUUUAUUCAACUACAACAUAGCCAUAAAAGGCUUCGACAUGGCAAUUAAUCUAUUUCAACUCCAAGAAGGAGUUGUCCCCAAUCAAGUUUUAAUCCUCGACUCAGAAGGGUUAAAUUUAUCGCAUGUUAUGAAAGUUAGUUUAACUUCAACGAAAAAAUUGGCUUAUUAUUUGCAGGAUUGUUUUCCUCAUCGCGUUAAAGGGAUUCAUAUAAUAAACGUUUCGGCGGUUACCGAAAAGUUAUUUAUGUUCGUUAAGCCGUUUAUUAAAAAGGAAUACGUCGAUUUGAUCCAUUUCCACCCAAAAAUCGAGACUUUGUAUAAUCACAUCGAUAAGGAUUUGAUGCCGAGCGAAUAUGGGGGCAAAAACCCAUCGUGGAAAGAAUUACAAGUUACAUUUAAAAAGCGAAUGUUUGAUUGCCAAGAGUUUUUCGAUCAAGAAAAUACCGAAUUUACCGAUGAGACGAAACGAGUUGGUAAGCCAAAAACGAUGGCUGAUAUUUACGGGGUUGAAGGAACGUUUAAAAAGUUAGAUAUUGAUUAAAAUAUUAAAAAUAAAUAAAUAAAUUAAAUUACUAAAAAGGAGCCAACUUCAUGUUGGUUAAUUGACACCUUAAAACAAUAAUUAAAUUAUAAAUUAAUCAAUUUAAAUAAAUUUGCCGGGGAUUAAUUUAAA